UUUUCCUUUCCAUCCUGCCGUACGUCAUCUUGGAUAAAGCUCCGCUUGAUCACAAACGUCAAAAUAUCCCUUUUGCAGAUGUCCUAUACAAGCCCAUUGACGACCAACAAAACACGCAACUCACAGACGAACUUUCGUUGAAAAGAAAACUGUUGACAACGAGGGAAAUAUAUUUACUAAUGAUAUUUCUCUUUUGGCAGUACUUUGUUGAGUCUCUUUCGUUGAAGUCCAUCAUUACCACUCUUGCAUUUCCAAAGGCACCCUUUAAGCCACGUGACCACUUUGAUUAUUAUGUACUGUCUAACAACAUUGCUAAGUUCCUGAGUCGUUGCUAUAUUCUGGUGCUCUCAUUCAUGUGCUCAAGUGUGGUUCGUCACGUGCAAAUCAAGAAGACAUGGAUCUUGGCGACAGUUGGUUUGGCGUUGAUGUUUCUUUUCGUGUUUGAGUCAUGGUAUCGUUUCAUUCCCUAUGUCGAAGUUAUUGUGGUUCUGUGCUUUAUAAUGGGACUUUGUACCGGAUGUAUUUAUGCGUCUUCUCCUCUGGUAGUAUCUGAAAAGAUCACGGAUGUCAGGGAAAGAGAAUUUGCUCAGGGUUUGCUCCAAGUGGGUGCACUUGCUGGGGAAUUCGCUGGCGGGUUCCUGGGACUACAUGUGGAGCCAUAUUUGAAAAAUCACUGCAUGUCCGAACUCGGCCUAGGAUAUUACUGUUUGACAAGGUUCUCCAGUGUAACAGGCUGGACUAAAAAUGUACAUUGCUGACAAAAGCAUAUCAUCAUUAAAUAUUUCUAUGCACGUAAUCAGAAAACAGAUCGUAGCGUUAGUUAGCU